CUUCUUUUCCUUUCAAUAUUCUGAUAUAGCUUUAGGAUACAAUACUUUACGAUUAAGUACGAAUUGAAAGCGUUAUUUAGAAAAGAAUAAUGUCUCUACAAUAUAAAGCAUACCUUAUAAAAGGGAAUCCGAACAAUGUGAAGGAAAUUCGUCGUUUCACGAUUGAUACAGACGUCUCGUCAAGCUAUGACUAUUUGAAGAACAAGGUUUCUUCAGUGUUCCCUAACAUCGGUGAGGCGUUCACUCUGCAUUACAAAGAUGCUGAAGAGGAUUUCAUUUCCUUCAGUUCUGAUGAAGAAUUGAUGCAGGCUCUUGGUCAAAUAAACGAUGGAUUGUUCCGUCUGUUCGUGAAGGUUAAAAAAGAUGGAAACAACGGCGAAAAUGCUACAGGAGAGGAUUUCUGCAAAGGAUGGAAGAAAUUUGCGAAACAGUUUGGGCAUGGCCAUUACCCCCAUGAUCAAGGACGUUUUGGGUUCCCCCCACGUCCCCAUGGACCUCAUCAUCCUCCACCCCCUCCUCAUGGACCUCCUCCACAUCAAUGGCAGGGACAGUUUGGGUUCGCGCCCCCACCACACCCCCACCCAUGGGGGUUUGGCCCUUGGGGUCAGCAAGCACCUGGCUGUCAUGCACAGGCCCAAUCUCAGACCCCAGGAGCUGAAGCAAGCUCAUCUUCCAGCCCUGAUGGAAACACACAGCACCAAGAACAAUCACAGGGAUCUGCUAGUGAAACAGCACAAGCAUACUUAAGCUCUGUCGGUGAAGCCGUCGCUGGAUUUUUGAAACCACUGGGAAUUGAUGUAGACAUAGAUGUUGAACACCAUGGAAAGAGAACAAAAUGCGCCGAGAGUGAGAUAAAAAAGAAACAAAAAGAGGACGAGGAGAAGAUGAGGUGUGGAGACGAGCAGCCUGCGUCUUCGCAAGAGACUCCACCAAAGACAACCGAACCCUCUGCACCGGAAAGUUCUACAACCCCACCGAAUGAAGCUGAUUGGACAGUUGUGCAAGAUGAAGAUGACUCAGAGAUGCAGACAGCUUCUGAGAAACUUGAAACAAUGCAUGUUGACUCACCAAGUAAUAUCGAUCCACGUCUGGCAGUCGCUCUGAAGCAGAUGUUCGCAAUGGGAUUUUCAGAUGAAGGCGGUUGGCUCUCUCGUUUAUUGGAGGCGCACAACUACGACAUUCCCCGGGCUCUUGAUGCAAUCCAACCUGGUGGCGGCGGCCAUAGAGCUUAAAGACUUCGAUUGACAAUUUCUUACGCCUAGUAUGACCCAUGGAUAGAUUGAUCAUAAUGCGACAUUGGCUCCCAACCUUCUCUGAUAUAAUCCUCCUACAUUUAAAUUCAUGCAUAUAAAACAAAUAACUGGCUGACUAUUGCCAUACCUGACAUGGAAUGGUAACCGGACGAGAGGCUGUGGUUCGUCGUGUGAUUAAGCCGUAUUAUCGGAUUUCCUCUCCCCCGAAAUAAAUAUGUAAAUCUUAUCCUGUCUAUUACGCAUAAGAACCCUGCUAUUUGCUCAAUCCCUGAAUAAUUCUCACUCAGUGUUUAGUGGUUCAAUAAAGUGGUUUCUGGAAUAUUUGAGAAAGUUUUUGUAAUGUUAUGGCAUCCAAGUUUUAUCCUAAAAAAACUUCAUCCUUGAAUAUUAUGAUCCCAUAAAAACUUUUCGUGGGAAUGCAGCUUUAGAUUUGAGUUUAUGCGGUAUGAAAAUUUUAUAUAAUAAUUUUUGUCAUUUUCGAAGAUAUUAUGAUCCUUCCAUUCAUGAGUUAUACAUGGCCAUUCAAGAAUUGUAUAUAUAACUCAAUUAUAAUCCAGAAAACACCAUAGUACUGCAUGUUUGGUGAAACUAUCUAUCUUUAAUGUUUAUUAUAUAUCAUGAAUGUUUUUAUGUGUGUUGUCUAUAAUUGUUAAGUCAGAAAAUACCUGGUCCACCUCACACUAUGCGCAUUUUAUUAACCAAACUUACACCUAAAAUUUAACUCAAUUGCUGGAUUAAGAAGAUUUGCUAUAUAUAUUCUGAAAAUCUGAUUUUGAAUCAUUUAAGCACAUUCGAUAUGUGUUAUUUUUAUGUACGGAUCACUUACUUGCCUGGUGAUUUCGUUGUUUCCAAUAACAUUGCCAUCGAGUCUCUGUGGCUGCUUGCCCGGAGCCUAUCUCAAGAGAAAAAGGCCACAUUGUUUUUUUAUGACCAAAACUGCAGUAUCCCCAACUAUUUUCAUGUAUGUAUGUUUCUCAUUAUCCACAAUACAUUGGGGGAGAGUUUGUGCAAAAGUUAACUAGACUACCUUUCAUUCAAUGAAUUUAUCAGUAAUUAAGGUUAUGUUCCUAAUUGUUUCUAAGAUAAGUACAAUUUACGCCUUUUUGGGGCAGUUUUUUUAAAUGAUUUGUGUCACAGCUGUCUGUUUUCAGCUUCCUUGCACUUACAGAACUUUCAUUUUUCUUUAAAAUAUUUGAGUUCCGAGAUAUAUAUAAGUAUCGUCAUUAUUUCCUUCUUGCUGCCCUUUGUUCCAGGGCUGUGAAGUCGGGGGAAAAUUUACCCGCUUUGGGUUAAAAAAAUUAUGUCUGCGGCCCCGGAGUUGAAAAAAAAAUUUGACUGUGGCCCUUGAAAAAAUUUAAUUUUUGACAUAAUGUAAACAAACGUUCUUGAAUAGAUUGUUGGGAACGCUUGGUAAAGAAAUUUUGUUUGAAAAAUAGAACUAUGGACUAUGAGUUAAAAAUAUUUUGACAGCGACUCUUGAGAAAAUCAAAUUUUAAUUACGAAAACUUUGACAUAGGCGAACCGCCUUGUAUGUAUAUGAAUGCUCCGCGUUUCUGUACAAAAUUUUUACCAUUUGUUUUCACUAAAAUUUACUGACUAUCA